GUGACCAUAGCCACCACAUUGCUUCCCUCUUCUCAGACACAGUUGCUCCGAAGCAGGAACCGGUUGGUUUGUGCUAUCCGCGCAAAGAAAUCCUAAAGAAAUGAGAGGGCAACAACAAAUCGGAGUAGUUUGAAAAUCUGCUUCCCAAACUGGGGUUUUUGCUUAGCAUUUUUGCAGCUUUCAGGCUCAUCUUCCUCCGCGUCGUCCUGUUGCUCCGCAAGCUCUCAUUGUAGGAGGAGGACUGGUCUCCCUUUUGUGUUGCUCUGCGGCUGUUUAUUCAACUUCUGCCUCCCUAAUUCGGCAUAGAGGAGGUGGUUUAUUUCAGCUUUUCAUUGUGUCGCCCUAAACGGAAUGAAUGACAAAAACAAAGGAGGUUGAUGUCCAUAACUGUCCGACUCACCUCUCCUUCGCCUCGCCAAAGGAACGGAGACUUCAUCUCCGGCAGAAGAUGGAAAGCGGAGGCGGGACGGAGAGCUCGGACGGCGGCCAGGCGCAGCACGCGGUGCCCGGUCAGCCGCAGCAGCACCCCGGGGCUGAAACGGCGGCACAGCCCGCUCACACGGGCGGGAAGAAGAAGAUAAACCGGGCACCGUCUCCGGCGAGACCGAAGGACGUGCCCGGUUGGUCGCUCACAAAGAUCCGCGGAGGGAUCGGGAGCACGACCCUGAGCGUCAAGCCCGGAGCUAUCCAUCUGGGCAGCCGCAUUUCCAGGCGCAGCCCUGUGGGCAGCCUCGCUGGAAAGGACGGUAAAGUCGAGAGGGGCGGUGGUAAAACAGUGGGAAAAUCUUCGCUGCUGUCCAAGACUUCGGCGUCCAAAGCGGCAAAAAGCAACGGCGGCCGGAGGAAGGUGUCGGACGCCAGCACAGGUUCCGACGACCUAUCCAAAGACUCUGGGUGCGCCGCGGGGAAGCUCUCCCCGACAGACAGCAGCUCCGAGCUUUCGGACUGCGCCUCCGAGGAAAACAAACUCUCAGCGGAUGCUGGGAGCAGCGACGCCGAGUCGAGGAGCAGCCGCGGCGCAGAGGGAGAGAAGCCGCUCGGGAGCAGAGCUGGUCAGCGAGCAGCCGCCAAGAACACCUGCUCCACCGCGGAGAAAGAUGAAAAGGAUCGGUUCUCUCUGAGCGUGGAGACCGGGGAGGAUAGCAUUUCCCCGGGCGAGGAGCGGUCGGCCACCUCGUUUGACAGCAGGGUGCCUGCCAGCACAUCCCUGGCGUUCUCAGACCUCACGGAGGAGUUUACCGACGGCAUGCAUGAGGAGUACCUCAGGGAAAUAGAAGAGCUGAGAUCUGAAAAUGAUUACCUCAAAGACGAGAUGGAGGAGCUGAGGUCUGAGAUGCUGGAAAUGAGGGACAUGUACAUGGAGGACGAUGUUUACCAGCUGCAGGAACUGCGCCAACAGCUGGAGCAGGCAAACAAAACCUGCCGCAUCCUGCAGUACCGACUGAGAAAGGCAGAGCGGCGCUCUCUGCGCGUAGCCCAAACGGGCCAGGUGGAUGGAGAAUUGAUAAGGACAUUGGAGCAAGAUGUAAAAGUGGCGAAGGACGUCUCCAUCCGAAUCCAUAGCCAGCUGGACAGCGUGGAGAAGAAGAGGAGUCGGCUGGAGCAGGAGAACGAAGAGCUCCGAGUCCGGCUGCAGGACCUGGAGGUCGCCAAACAAGUCCUGCAGCAGGAGCUGGACAAGAACUCCCAGAAGAAAAGAGGAGCACGGUCCAGCAACAAACCGGACAAGAAGCCUGCUCCACAGGAAGACAAUUCAGACCUGAAGUGUCAGCUCCACUUUGCCAAAGAGGAGUCGGCCCUGAUGUGCAAGAAGCUGACCAAGUUGGUGAAGGACAGCGAGGCCAUGAAGGAGGAGCUGGCCAAGUACAGGUCUCUGUACGGAGACGUCAACAGCUCGCUCACCGUGGAGGAGGUUGCCGACUCUCCACACACUCGCGAAGCUGAGGUCAGAGUUCACCUGAAGCUAGUGGAGGAGGAGGCCAACCUGCUGAGUCGACGCAUCGUAGAGCUGGAGGUGGAGAACAGGGGACUCCGAGCCGAGAUGGACGAAAUGAAGGGCUCACAAGACGGCCACCAAGAACUUUCCAGCGUUGGUCCAGGGGCCGGGCUCGGAGGGGCCGUGGUGCUUGGCGGAGGGGCCUCGUCUGAAAACGUCAUGGAGCUCCAGAGACACCUGCAGUUUGUGGAGGAGGAGGCCGAGCUGCUGAGGAGGUCUCUGAUCGAGAUGGAGGAGCAAAACAAGCUGCUGAUGAACGAGAUCAACCGCUACAAAUCCGAACUCCCGCCCGCGACGUCCGCGCUGUCCGCCGAGUCGCUGAUGUCCCUGACGGACGGGCUGUUGAACGACAGCCACUCGGUCCAGGACGGGGCCGUGCUCAUCAGCACCGACACGCCGACCCCCGAGGAGGAACUGAGGCUGGUGAGGCUUCAGGUGGGAGAGCUGAGCGGGAAACUGAAGAAGCUGCAGUACGAGAACCGCGUGCUGCUGUCCAACCUGCAGCGCUGCGAUCUCGCCUCGUACCACGCUCCUUCCUCCUCGUCCUCCUCCUCCUCGUUGAGGCUGGCUUUGGAGACAGAUGCAGAAGCAGGAGACUCGGCUGAGUGCCUCCCUCUCAGCCCGCCUCAUCGCAAAGAGCCAGUGGGUGGUGAGAACGACGCCAAGGAGAUGGACGAACAGAAAAAGAAGAUCGAGGACAACGCUGAGGCAACGACUCCGCUCCCUGGGUGCCUGGGGCAGAAGGACCGUGAUGCCUUGUUGGCCAUGAGGGACCAGGCUCGUUUGGUUUCCACUGCCAUACAGCUGCUGACCUCCCCCGAGUCCAACUGCCUGUCCUCCUCCUCCUCUCCUUCGCUGUAUCACAAGGUCUGCAGCAAUGAGGCAGCAGAGCCGUGCGACCUGGAGAAACCUCAGCCUCACUGCCAGAUCUCGGAGCUUUCCGAUUUGGCGGACCGUCCUCUGGUUGGUGCUCUGACCAGCAGGCUUCAGGCCCUGCACACCCAGCUGCAGGCCUUUGUAGAGCAGGUGGACGGCCUGGGUAAACCUCCAUCUGGGGGCAGAGACGCUCAGGUGGAAGGGACGUCCCCUCCAGCGUCUCCCUGCGCUUCCGUCCCCUGCUCCGGAGACGGACAAGACAACAAAGUCGAGCACAAGCAGCCUGAUUAUAGGGACCAAUCAGAUCCAGACGAGAAAGAUGACACUUACCAGAGCAGCCAAUCCAUCAGCAACGACUCGCAAAAUUGGGCAGCUGGACAAACGGAGCAGGAGAAGGAGACGGAUCGUUCCACGUCUGUCCAGCUCAGUGACCUGCAGGCGCAGCUGUCCACAGAAAAGGAGUCAGCCAGAGGAACUCUGGAGGAGCUGGAGCGAGAAAGGCAGAACCACAAAGGAAUCAGCCUGAGACUCUCACAGCUCCAGGAGGAGCACCAGAAGGCCCUGCUCCGACGGGACUUCCAGCUUCAGAGCCUGGGCCUGCAGGCUCGACUUCAGCAGAAGCUGUGGGGUCAGGAGAGGACUCUGCUCGUUCAAGAGUCCCAGCACCUGAAACAGGCUCUGUUGCUGCUGAGUCUGAAACUGCGCUGCUUCCUCAAGCAGUGGAGGCUGGGCUGCAAGAAGGAUGCAGAGGGGAAAGAUGUUUUGGAGAUGAACAGCCUGAAGGAUUUGUACCUGCUGCUGGAGGAGGAGGAGAGUCAGGCGGACAAGAGAGCCUCUGCAGACGAACAGCCUCUCAGCCCGACCAUAAAGUCUAGUGCUGUGAGCAGCACUUUGGCAGACCUAAAGGUUGCUCUGCAGGACCUGAGUGCAGAGUUGAGACAAGAGAGACAAGGCUCCCAGGAACUUACUCAGCAGUUCGCAAAGGCCAAAGCAUCAUGGGAGGUGGAGAGAACCGAACUAAAGAGCCUCAUCACGCAGCUUGAGACCAAACUCGGGAAAACCACAGCAGCACUUUCCUCCACUGAAACACUGGACCCUCUUGACCUGAAGGUGGCUCUUAAAAAGGAGCGUGAGGAGCACCAGCACCUCCUCGCCGAGUCGUAUGCCGCCGUGAUGGACUUAACCAAACAGCUUCAGAUCGGAGAGAGGAACUGGAGCAGAGAGAAGCUGGAGCUGCUGGAGAGGUUCAGCCAGGAGAGAACUCAGUGGGAACAGAGGCUGAGAGACGCUGCCACACAACAGGACAAGGUGCGAAGGUCGAAGCCUCCAGGUGACGAAUCCACUGUGGACACGGCGGGUGUUGUUAACGGAUCAGCAUCGCCGAGGAUCAAAUCUACACUGGAGGACUCAGAGGGUAGCAGAUCUUCCUGUGCAAAGGACAAAGCACAUUUUGGUUCAAUGCCACUUUUUACUGGAGCCGAGUUUGGGGAUGUAACCGUGAAGAACUGGACCAGCAUAACCAACGAGACCCCAGAGAUGGCUGACACUUGUAAAACCUGGGAUGGUCCAAGUGGUUCUUCUAGCAGCUCCGCAGCCUCUCAGAUGGACUUGGACUUUGUGCAGAGGAGCUGCACUGCUCCGGACCGGACCGGCAUCCGUAUUUACUACAGCCCUCCUGCUGUGAGGCGUAUGGAGCACCGGAGAAGGUACCAGGAGCCUCUGGAUUCUGAUGAAUACAGCGUCGGGGGUUCAUCUCUGAAGCAGAAUGACACGGACGGUGGCGUGGCCUCACUGGACGCUCUCGAUGCUCAGCGCCAACAACCCGCCUCAUCGUUCACCUCUUCUUAUGAGCAGUGGCUCAGCUCGCUGUCCAAGCAGCACCGGGAGCUGCUGGAGAGCAGAGGCAGCAGCAUUUCCACGUCGAUGCCGAGCGUUUUCAGCAGCAGUGUCAGCGGCGGGGCGGCUAACAGGGUGGUGGACGGGAUGACGUCCAGUUCUCCCUUCCACGACCUGGAGAUCGGAGACAUUUCUGCCAACUUGAGUGACGACAUGAAGGAGAUGACUAACUGUGUCCGGCAAGCUAUUCGCUCUUCUUCUCUGGAGAGGAAAUCCAGCAAGGAGCCUGGGAGUCAGCCCGUUGGAGUGUCCAACAAGUCCACCCAGACUGCAGCUCAGGGUGUCAGCAUCGGACUGCAGACAGAGACCAGCAGGGCAACGGGGUUGCACUCCAAAUCCUGGUCACCUCGGCCAACACCAGCAACCACUUCCUCGCUGGCAUCCGCCCGAACUCGGCAGAUUUCUACAUCUCUGGAUAAAGUGCACAGCCGCAUUGAGAGGCCAUGCUGUUCGCCCAAGUAUGGGUCGCCUAAGCUACAGCGGAGAGUAUCUUCUGGUUCCACUUCCAGACUGGAUGGCGCUUCCUCCAGCAGGGACCGCAGCAUGUGGAGCCUACAUCAGAGGCCCAUCGGUGGCAGUGGCGGCUCUGCUUGGGCUCGCUCCACUACGACGAGGGACAGCCCCGUCCUGAACGGCCUCACCGACGGCCUCUCCAGCCUCUUCAGCGUAGUGGAGCACUCCGGAAGCACAGAGUCGCUUUGGAGGAGUGAAAUAGGGUCAAGCCAGACGGCCAGCCCGGCUCGGCAGCCUCACGCUGCCGGAAAACCUGCUUGCGGCUCCGAUUCCAACCCUCAGCGGUAUGGAGGGCUGGUGCAGGAGUUCUUCAGGAAUGUGUGCAACAGCCGCGGCCCGGUUGGAGCCCCCCUGUCUGUGGAGAGAGUGCAGAGAGACUCCCUCGCUGUCCUCGGAGGCGUGGGGGUCUUGGGUGGCUUGAGCAGCGUGGACGAACCCACACUCGGAGGGGCUGCUGCGCUGGCUGGACUGAGCGGAGGCAACGACAGCGUGACCAGGAUUGUUAAUAAGCGGUUUCUGAGGCAGACGGCUGGGGAGGAGAUGAUCAGCAUCAUGGGAGGAGGGAAGGAAGCAACGAGCAACAGCGUGGCUGCAGGACCGGGAACCGAGGAGGCACCUUGCGAUUGUGCUACUCCGUCCUCCUGCUUUGUCCGAUCGUCCAGAGCAGCCGUUCGCCACUGCAAGCACCGUCCGCAGGACUCUCCAGCUGGAGCCGAGGAGAAAGGAGACGCCUGCAACGAGUGACGAGCCUCCCAGCGAAGACGCGCACGGAGGAAAUUCACUUCUUCACAAACACGACUGCCUUGGAAACGCUUCCCCGCACCUCCCAGAGCACCAAAUGCACACAAAUACCUAGAACCUGCCACGCACACAGGCCCACUGCCAAACAUUAACACACCGCCUCAGCACACAGCGCAAACUGCCCCCUCCCCCGGACUCCCACACAAAGCUACUGCCACCUUCUCUCAAUCAGAACACCGGAGACGCCACUCCGGUUUCUAGACGUGCGACCGAUGCCAAGGACUGCGCCAGCAUCCCAAACCUACCAGCAGGACUGAAACCAGAACUGCCAUCUAACAC